ACACAGCAGACACACACAGGAAACCUCACUCGCUCCGUACAGUGCCCACACUCCUCGCCACCAAAACCCUCACCUCCGCCGCCGCCCGCCGGCGCCGAUGGCCGAGCUCGCAGUCGCAGAGGACCUCUUACUCCGCCUUGCGCCGGAGCUGGUCGACGCGGUCCUCCUCCGCCUCCCGCCGGGAGAGCCCGCCUGCCUCGUCCGCGCCUCCGUCGUCUGCAAGCCCUGGUUCCGCAUCCUCGCCGAUCCGGGAUUCCGCCGCCGCUACCUCGAGUUCCACCGGACGCCCUCCGUCCUGGGUCUCUUCGAGGACGACGGUGCCUACGUCCGCACCUCCGCCCUCCCCUCCGUCUACCCUGGCCGUGGCCGCUUGGUCGACAGGCCCCUGGACUGCCGCCACGGCCGCGCGCUCCUCGCCCCCUACAGCCGCUCCUUCAGGGAAGGGGAGGCCGUCAUCCUGACCGUCCUCGACCCUCUCACUGGCCGCCUGCGCCGCGUGCUCUCUCCGGUCGACGAACAUGUGCUCUGGUUCAGUGCGGCGGUGCUCUGCGCCGCGCAAGGCUGCGACCACUACGGUUGCCAAGGAGGGCAUUUCCGUCUCGCCGUCGUGACCACCGAUGAUGCAGGAGUCACGUCGGGCUGGCUGUACUCGUCGGAGACUCACGUGUGGAGCGAGCUCACCACCGUUGGUCACCCCAAGGUCGCCUACUGUGCCAACCAAGGUGCGCCAAGCGUCCUUGUCGGAGAGACACUCUACUUCAACAUCGAUGGCAUCAUCGAGCUUCACCUCGGUAAACUCUGCUUGUCAAAGUUUGAGAAGCCGAUCGCUGGCAAGGGGCGUCUCAUGACGGCGCAAGGCGGUGGCCUCGGAUUCAUUGCUAUGGUGAAUGUCACAAAUCUAACCAUGUGGUCAGGGGAGGCUGGAGCUGGACCGAAGGGAGCCAUGGAAUGGACAAAGCUCAGGAUAAUCGAUCUUAGGAAGCUGCUCCCUGCCGGGGCUCUCAUGACCCAAACAGUUGAUUAUGGGAUUAAUGGCGUCGCCAAGGGCACCCAAGUCAUAUUUGUGAGCACAUGUCUUGGUUCCUACAUGGUCGAUCUCAAAUCUCGACAAGUCAGGAUGGUGUCUGGUCGUGGCAGAAACAUCACUCCCUACAUGAGCUUCUACAUCCCAGCAAUUAAAGCAGCUUCCACUAGCAAGGGGCAGAGAGCUGGUGCUUCAAGUGUUCGCCGGGCUGGAGCAAGAGGGAGGCGGUAGUACUGUUGUUAGAUGUGGCACAAGUGUGGCUCUGGAUCUGCAGUGAGAUCAUCACUUGGUGUUAGUUUAGUAGGGCUAUGGAACUUUGUUUAGGAGUGUUGCGCCCCCGCUUGCAUUUUGUAAAGACCUUUCCAGUCUUGUCAUCGUGAGAAGUAUGGCGGCAGCAAGCACGGCGUGAUGAUGGUCUAACGGGAACCGGCUGACCUACUAUGGCAAAUGACCUGAAUAUCAUGUCUGAAUUCGAAAUGUGGA